CCGCUAACCCCUAAGUUUAUCAGCAAGUAUAUUCAAUUUCUUUCUUUUCUCUUCCUUCAAAUGCUUGCUCUGCGUACACUCUUCCUACCAAAUUGUCCUGUCAAAGAUGAAAGUCAUAACUCAUAAAUCAAAGAAGAAGAAUUAGAAGGUCUCUCUUCACUUGGUAGGCGGCAGAUCUGGAAAUUUUCAAUUUCAUAUAGUAAGAGGCAUGCAAAUGAACUCUGAUGACAAUAAAAAUUCAAAAUUAUAUUUUAAUAGCAAUAGUAUUUGUACACCUACUUCCAAAUCUUGGUGGCAUAGCAUCGGGCAUAAUGUUGUCUUCUCAGACAUGGUAGAGGAAAGCGCAGCAAAAUUUUCUCUGUCAAAGUACAUGGAUGGUUUUGUGGGGAAAUCUAGCAAAUCACAAGCUAACUAUCUGUUGGAAAAGGGAACUGAUGCUAGUAAAGAAAUGUUCACUAUUUUGCCACAAUCAGAUGGGAAAUAUGGAGAAGAACAUCCUAACUCACAGCAUUCUGUAUCCAUUAUGUCUCCAACAAUGGUUGAAUGCCUUGCGCCACCUACCCAACCAGAUCUUGAUGGAUACUACUCAUUUGUUCAUUCUCAUCUCGGAGCCUAUAACACUAGAAUGGUGUUGCCCCUUGAGAUGACAGAAGAGCCUGUUUAUGUUAACGCCAAGCAGUAUCAUGGCAUUUUAAGGCGAAGACGAUCACGUGCCAAGGCUGAGCUGGAAAAGAAACUAAUAAAAGUUAGAAAGCCUUAUCUCCACGAGUCUCGACAUUUACAUGCUCUGAGGAGGGCUAGAGGUUGUGGAGGCCGCUUUCUGAACACUAAGAAGCUUGACAACAAUGCUCCUGACAAGGUCAACAACUUCAGUGAAACUGUUGCAAAACCUUCCAUAAACUCAUCAAGAGCAACACUUGUGCCUGUCAACUCUUCCAAGAAUGCAGAUUCAUCAACAGGUAAUGGCACUAUAACAGAAACCUAUUUACAUGAACAAAUCCCACAGCAAACCUACACUAGUGCAAAUAGUAAUGGGUGCUACCAAUACUUUGCUGAAUUUCAAUUAUCAAAACAUCAUUCUAAUUCAGACAGGAUUGUGGAAGAAAGGGAUUGCAACAUGAAAGCAUAUUGGUGAUUGGACAACCAUAAGCAAGUUUUAUGCUGACCACUCCAUGCUUGUUUCCUUAUUUUUAAAGAUAUUAUUAGGUUUUCCUUCUCAUUUGGUGGGGUAUCAAGUAUUAACCUUCGCCGGAUCGAGGAUCCACAAUUUAUAUAUAUUUGUGGUCACAGGCAAAUCAUUCUUGGCUUUUACCUCUGGUUCAUGUUCUUGGAAGUUGUAAAUAUAUUUCUACUUUUGCUUCUGCUUAAUCUGUUAUCUGCAUGCAUCAAUAGGAUAGAAAGUGAAGACAUGCAAGAGAUUACCAUUUCUGUUCUAUCUUUGUUCGUUCCCUUUGAAGAAAGGAAGGAUCCCAAAGAAUCGAUCUUUCUUUUAGUUGUUGAAUCUAUCUUUGAUUGAUCAAUGUGUGAUAUUCCGGUCCUUAAUUUCAGCAGUGUUCUACAUUUUGGGCUUGCAUAUUGUCUUCUGAUUGUAACAAGCAUUUGCCUGUAUUAUUUCUAGUUCUGUGUUUCUGACCUUACAAAAGAAAUAUUUGAUACUUUGUAUUGGUACUUUAAAUUGUGUCUAGUUGUAAGAACUACGAAUAACAUUGCAUUCCA